UUUAAACAGAUAGAAAAGGUUCGUCCGAUUCAACUCAUUCCAUUUUCUUCUUCAAAUAGUGUUAGAGCUAAAUUAACUGAACAAUCCCUUUCUCUGCAUAAUCACAUUUUCAGGAAGAUGGGUACGCUGGGGAAAGCAAUCUACACAGUCGGAUUCUGGAUCCGGGAAACGGGUCAAGCCAUUGAUCGUUUGGGCUGCCGCCUCCAAGGCAACUACUACUUCCAUGAACAACUGUCAAGGCAUAGAACUCUUAUGAACUUGUUUAACAAAGCACCAAUGGUUGAUAAAGAUGCUUUUGUGGCCCCAAGUGCAUCUCUAAUUGGUGACGUUCAUGUUGGACGUAAUGCUUCUAUUUGGUAUGGAUGUGUUCUGCGAGGUGACGUGAACAGUAUUAGUAUUGGAGCCGGAAGCAAUAUCCAGGACAAUUCUCUUGUUCAUGUAGCCAAAUCAAAUCUAAGUGGAAAGGUUUUGCCAACAAUUAUUGGCAACAAUGUUACUGUAGGUCAUAGUGCUGUCUUACAUGGAUGUACUGUUGAAGAUGAGGCAUUUGUUGGUAUGGGUGCAACUCUGCUAGAUGGAGCUGUUGUGGAGAAAAAUGCAAUGGUUGCGGCUGGUGCCCUUGUCAGACAGAAUACGAGGAUUCCUUGUGGAGAGGUCUGGGGAGGAAAUCCAGCUAGAUUUCUGAGGAAGCUCACACAAGAAGAAAUUGCUUUUAUCUCGGAGUCAGCAGCCAACUAUUCUAAUUUAGCACAGGUCCAUGCUGGUGAAAAUGCAAAAAGCUUUGAUGCGAUUGAAUUUGAGAAAGUGUUGCGGAAGAAAUUUGCUCGCAAAGACGAGGAGUAUGAUUCUAUGCUGGGUGUUGUCCGUGAAACACCUCCCGAGCUUGUCCUGCCUGAUAAUAUCCAGGCACCAAAGGCCAUUUAAGUGUGGAUCCAAGUUGAUUAUCCCUUGGGUUUUGUGGUGUUAGCCAAUUUCUUUUUUCAUUGGGCUGAUCAAACAAGAAAAUACUUAAGUUUCAUUCUCAAUAAUUAAGGUCAGGCCGAGACAUCAAAUACUUAAUCCAGGUUUGGAGUUCUUGCAUUUCCUGUGCUGAUCCUGUUUCCAGUCAGAAGCUUUGAUUGUGGAUCAAGUACCAAUUGUACCGUAGAGCAGAUAAUUGGUUUUUUUUUUUUUUUUUCUAAUAAUCAAUUUGAAGCCAGCAGAGUUUUCUUGUCAAUCUCAUUUUUCCUCAUGAAUAAAUAUUGGUUCCUUUUUCUUAUAAGCAAAAGGUUUAAGCAGGCAGUACCAUGUACCCUGUUACACAUACAGUAAUAUACGGAAUACUGCAGAUUGUGAAGGUUGGUUUCUGCUUCGAUUUGCC